CGUGUCGGCGCCGAGAAGCCCAGCGAGGGAGAAAGGGGCGUGGCCCGGCCUGACGCUCAGGUGCGCGCCGACGUCACACAGAGCGGCUUCCAGUGUCGGGGCCCAAGAUGGCGGCGCUGGCGGGAGGGCGGCUGAGCCUCCGGCAGGUACUCCUGGCCUGGGUGACUCUUUAUAUUGCCACGACGGAAGCUGUAGACAGAAGUAACUUUAAAACCUGCGAACAAAGCUCAUUCUGCAGGCGGCAGAGGAACAUUAAGCCAGAAAAUUCUCCCUAUCGAGCGCUGCUCAACUCCUUGGAAGUGUCUGAGAAAAACAUCAAGCUGCAGAUAAUUAAUGAAGUCAGUAAGGUUCCUCUAUUACUUGAAGUGUACGGUCUACAAGGAAAUAUGACCAGGAUUAAAAUUAACGAGCUGAUUCCAUUGAAACCCAGAUACGAGGUCCAAGAUGUAUUAAUACGAGAUCCACCUACUGUACCCCUAACGGUCCUUGGCAAGGACGAGAGCAGCCUGGAGCUGGGCUUCAACAACAAUCUGUACAAGCUGAUCAUCACUUCCAAGCCGUUCCGGAUGGACAUCAUGACUGGCAACGGGCUGCUGCUGAGUGUAAACUCGCGCGGGCUGAUGGUGUUCGAGCACUUACGCAAGCAGAAGGACUCUUACAUGGAAAAAGUUAGUAGCACAGUCGGUAGCUUGUGGAGUAAGAUCAAGAACCUGUUCAUUAGUGAGAAGAAAGACACAAGUGCGGAGGGCGUGGACGCGGAAAAGGAGCCGGAGCCUGAAGCUGGCAAAGCAGAUCCCGUAGAGCAGCAGCCUGGAGACACGGAGGCUCAGAAGGAGAGCGGGGAGACUGAGGAUGAGGCCGGGAUGUGGGAGGAGACGUUCAAGACUCAUACGGACUCCAAACCCAAUGGGCCAACGUCGGUGGGACUGGAUUUCUCCCUGCCCGGCUUUGAGCACGUGUACGGGAUCCCCGAGCACGCUGACAACCUGAAGCUCAAAACCACAGAUGGCGGAGACCCGUAUCGCUUGUACAACCUGGAUGUAUUCCAGUAUGAGAUAUUCAACCCCAUGGCGCUCUACGGGGCUGUUCCUUUAAUGUUGGCCCACAACGUUCGGCGGACAAUGGGGAUUUUCUGGCUGAACGCCGCAGAGACUUGGGUCGACAUCAGCUCCAACACCGCCGGGAAGACCCUCUUUGGUAAAAUGCUCGACUAUGUGCAGGGGGCAAACGAAAUUCCUCAGACAGAUGUCCGCUGGAUGUCAGAGAGCGGAAUCAUCGACGUUUUCCUGCUGCUCGGACCGUCACCGUUCGACGUCUUCAAGCAGUACGCCUCUCUCACAGGUACGCAGGCCCUCCCCCCACUCUUUGCCAUCGCCUACCACCAGUGCCGCUGGAACUACAAUGAUGAGGAUGACGUGCGGACCGUGGAUGCCAGCUUCGACGAGCACGACAUCCCCUACGACGUCAUCUGGCUGGACAUUGAGCACACGGAUGGGAAGCGGUACUUCACUUGGGACCCCAACAAGUUCCCCAACCCCAAGGAGAUGCUGCAGAACCUGGCCUCGAAAAACCGCAAGAUGGUCAGCAUUGUUGACCCCCACAUCAAGAUCGAUAGCGGCUACAAGAUUCACAACGCCAUACAGUCCAAAAAUCUCUACGUAAAGACAAAGGACGGAAACGACUACGAAGGCUGGUGUUGGCCAGGCUCCGCAGGGUACCCUGACUUCACCAACCCCGAGCUGCGAUCUUGGUGGGCCAGUAUGUUCGCUUACAAUCAGUACGAGGGAUCCAUGGACAACCUGUACACGUGGAAUGACAUGAACGAGCCCUCGGUGUUCAAUGGGCCAGAGGUCACCAUGCACAAGGACAACGUCCACAUGGGCGGCUGGGAGCACAGGGACAUCCACAACCUCUACGCCUUCUACGUGCAAAUGGCCACUGCCGAGGGUCAGAUCCUGCGCUCCGGCGGCACGGAGAGGCCGUUCGUCCUCACCAGAGGCUUCUUCGCCGGGUCCCAGCGUUACGGCGCCGUGUGGACGGGCGACAACUCGGCCGAGUGGGACCACCUGAAGGUGUCGGUGCCCAUGUGUCUGUCUCUGGCACUGGUGGGCAUCUCCUUCUGCGGAGCGGACGUUGGUGGCUUCUUCAGGCACCCCAGCGCUGAUCUCCUGGUGCGCUGGUACCAGGCCGCCGCCUACCAGCCCUUCUUCCGGGCCCACGCCCACCUGGACACGCCCCGGCGCGAGCCCUGGCUCUUCGGCGAUGACAACAAGCAGCUGAUCCGCGCGGCCAUCCGGGAGCGCUACACCUUGCUUCCCUACUGGUACACCGCUUUCUAUCACACCUACAGGACCGGCGAGCCCGUCAUGAGGCCCAUGUGGGUGGAGUUCCCGAGAGACACUGAAACCUUUGGCCUCGACGAGCAGUACAUGAUUGGUAACGCUCUCCUGGUUCGCCCGGUGGUGGAGCAGAAUGCCCGUGGCGUGCUGGUUUACCUCCCAGGGAACGGCGAGUUCUGGUACGACACGCACACCCACCAGAGGCACGCCAGCCCACAGAACCUGUACCUCACCGUCACGCUCAGCUCGAUCCCAGUCUAUCAGAGAGGAGGCACCAUCAUCGCCCGGAAGGAGCGUGUCCGGAGAUCGUCGUCCUGCAUGCACAACGAUCCCUACACCCUCUACGUGGCCCUGGAUGCACAGAAUUCUGCCGAGGGGGAUUUAUUUGUUGACGAUGGCCACACAUUCAACUUCGAGACAAAGGGCGAGUACCUUCACAGGAGAUUCACCUUUGCAAGAAAUUCCCUCACCUCCAGAUCUGCAACUCCCAAGGGUCACUUCAGCACCCCUGCUUGGAUAGAGAGGGUGGUUGUCCUGGGGACGAGGAAACCCUCUUCUGUUGUUCUUAAACUUCCCGAUGGAACUGAAUCGAGGCUGGACUUCGAGUACAACACGGAACCGUCCGUUCUGACCAUCCGCAAACCGGCUGUGAACGUGGCCUCUGACUGGACGCUGGACAUCCUAUAGUGCCCAAUGGCUUCCUCGCCCUCUCUCUCCGUAGGGUAGUCAGCUGCUUUCGUCGGCCUGGGACAGGAUCGUGGACUCAAAACAUCUGCUCCCCUGAGUGUGCAUCUGGAUUAGACGGUGCGCCCUUGGGUUGGACGCUGCCUUGCUCUAAACGCAACCGAGGACUCCUCCCCCCUCUUCCCCUCAUGUGGCACCGUUAAUUUUGUUUUGAAGUUCAGAUGCUGUCUACCUUGCCUGCCUCGUACGAUUUACUUGUCUGUCCUACUAAUUCUUCCCCUGAUUUUUUUUCCAUCUCUCGUCCGUCCAACUAUUGAUCUGCAAGAUCUCGCUCACUCACACUGCCUCAGUGUAUGAACCAGUAAAUGCGCUCUUUAUUUCUGCCCUUGUCGUCGACUUCCCCUUCAUGAGUGUUAACUUUUGUACUCUUUUUUUUAAAUACCUGUUUUCUUGGCGAAUGAAAACGAUCCUCAUUCUGCUAACAAACUGCACUGAAACUGGGCUUUAGUUUCCAGGGCUCAGCUUGCCUGCCGUCUCCUCGGGGAAGAAGUCUUUGGAAGACCACCUACCCUAAGCUUGAUGCUUUGUAUCGGACGAGCAGGCGCUCUGCCGUAACCCUGGGGAAUCUCAUGACCAAACUUCGUCUGCAGGUAAUUCCUGCUUUUCCUCUUGGCUGCUGCCCUGUCGGAGAGAGCAGGAGUAUCUUGGGCUUCUUUGGAAGGCUCUCACUUUCUCCUGCACUCUCCUUUGAUUCUGGGGCCAUCCCCUCUCCCCUCCCUAGAUGUUCCCCACCGUACAGUUCUCGGGACUUGCUGAUCACGGGUUUAAUUUGGCACUGAAAUUGCAGAUCUUGUCUCUGAACUCCUUCCCCACCCACCUGUCACAGUAAUCUUCAUCAUCACCUCACCGGCUGUGGGCGCGUGUAUAUAUUUGUCUUUUAUAGAUUACUUGCAGCAGUCAAAAUCUGAUUGAAAUGAGGAAAAAUUCAACUUGAUUCUCUCCAGUCUGUGAUGUUCCUGUGCUGGCCCUGCUUGGAGAACCGACGGGGGCAAUGGCCAUUGGGGGGGAGGGGGGGAAUCUGGAUCAUUGUACAAAAUUGGGAGAUUGAGCUGUUUGUCCCUGAAUGUGCCCUGUCAGACCCUACACCAGGGAGGUGUCAUUUCCGGAGGGACUGUGCUCUCCCUUCCCCAGUCUUGUGGUGGGGGGGCACGAGUCUCUCUGAGCCCUGGGCUGGUGGGUCCUUCCCAUCCUGGAGGAUGUCUGCCAUUCAAAGCUGAAGGAAAGUUUUCUCAGACCAAAAUGAUCUCUUGUGUGGGAUUUCUUUUGAUAAGUGGAUUAGAAAUAAAAUGGAUGAAACUGUG